CCACUGGACCCAUCUGGUGGUCGGACGCGCAGAUGCGUCAGAGCUCGGAGGGGCGGCGCGCCGCCGCCGAGGUGAUCCCCGGGUUUAAAAGCGCAGAAGUCCUCCCUGCGCCGGAGCAGUGCGUCACAGCGACCCAGCAGAUCCAGGAUCCCCCCGUUACAGAGUCAGAAAUCCCGAAAACAGCUUUUUCUACCACACAUCUGCAUCAGCCAUGAUCAUAUUCAUGCUUUAAUACAUUUUUACGCGUCGCGCUUUUCGGUUUUGGAUACGACUUUCUUUAUUUUUUGAGUUUAAUAUCGGAGCCGUCGUUGUUCGCCACAGGCUUUUGGUUUAAAUUUCUGAUUGUUUUAACUUCGCUGUCUCGCUGCGGUUGUUUGCUGGCGACAUAGGAUCCUGAGCGACAGCUGGGGAAUCUGUAAACUCCGCUUUAUGGAUAAAGGAUCGCUCCCAUCUGUGACUGCGCUCAGAGUGUGAUCUCAGACGUUGCUCCCUGACCAAAGACCGAAAUGAAAUCAGCUGAAGAAGAUGCAUAUGGCUUCACGCCAAAUGUCAGUCUCUCCCUCCCGCUGGGCAACCCUUGUCUCCCGUCACAGUACCACAACCUGCAGGCCAGCCCCAUCAUAUCUGUCUCUGUCACCGAGCCUCACAGUUAUGACACCCAGGAUGACAUUAGAGCGGCCGGCUACUACUCUUCCCCUAAUGCCCGCCCAAACGGUGCACCAACCCUGGAGAGCCCCCGUAUUGAGAUUACAGCCUACGGUCAGUUUCCUGAGGAUGAGGUGGAGCAGAACAGCCUUCCUGUUGCUAAGCGAGUCAACUCCAUCGUGACACUGACCCUCCCCAGUGCAGAGGGUUACCGUGACCCCAGCUGCCUGAGUCCGGCCAGCAGCAUCUCAUCUCGCAGCUGCCACUCUGACGCUUCCUAUGAAUCAAGCUUCUCCUACAACUAUGACAACUCGCCCCAGAAUUCUCCAUGGCAGUCUCCGUCCGUGUCUCCUAAAGGCUCCACCCUGGCCCUGCCGGGUGACGGCUGCACCUCCGGAGGUUCCCCUCGCCACUCCCCCUCCACCUCUCCUCGCACAAGCAUAACAGAUGACACCUGGAUUGGUCAGCGUGGCUCCAGGUCCAACUCCCCUUGUGGUGCAAAGAGGAAGUACAGCUUAAAUGGUAGCGGAGUGCAGCACAAGCAGUUUCCAUACUCACCCAACCAUUCGCCUGGACCGUCUCCACAGACCUCCCCUCGCCUCAGUGUCACAGAGGAGACCUGGCUUCCAAACACCAACCAAUACACCAAUUCAGCUAUCCUGGCUGCCAUUAAUGCCUUGACCACAGAUGGCGUGAUUGACCUGGGCGAGGGAAUCCCCAUGAAGGCCCGGAAAACCAGCCUGGAGCAUAGUCCCACUGUCAGCCUGAAGGUGGAGCCAGGGAGCGAUGACCUGAGUCCGGGACAGCUUUGUGAGGACGAGCACAUAUCCAACCGCAUGUUGUUAAAGAAGGAGGGCUUCUGUGGUGGGUUUCUGGACGUGCCACAGCACCCGUACUCCUGGCCCAAACCAAAGCAAUAUGUAAGCCCGUCCCUGCCAGCACUUGACUGGCAGCUGCCAUCCAGCUCAGGGCCAUACAGCCUGCAGAUCGAUGUGCAGCCCAAGUCCCACCACCGAGCCCACUACGAGACAGAGGGCAGCAGGGGAGCGGUGAAGGCCUUGGCGGGAGGACACCCAGUCAUUCAGCUCCACGGUUACAUGGAGAGCGAGCCUCUGACCCUGCAGCUGUUCAUUGGCACAGCUGACGACAGGCUGCUGAGGCCUCACGCCUUCUACCAGGUCCACCGCAUCACUGGGAAGACAGUGUCCACCCCAAGCCACGAGACUUUGCACAACAACACCAAGGUGCUGGAGAUCCCACUGCUGCCGGAGAACAACAUGCGGGCCAUAAUCGACUGCGCGGGGAUCUUGAAGCUGCGUAAUUCAGACAUCGAGCUGCGAAAGGGGGAAACCGACAUCGGACGCAAGAACACACGUGUGCGGAUGGUGUUCAGGAUCCACAUUAACCAGGCCACAGGGAGAACGGUGUCCUUACAGGCUGCGUCCAAUCCCAUAGAGUGCUCCCAGAGAUCAGCGCAGGAGCUGCCGCUAGUGGAUCAGCAGAGCCUGGAGACGAGUCCCGCCCACGGAGGGGAGAGGAUGCUCCUCAGCGGACACAACUUCCAGCAUGACUCCAAAGUGGUGUUUGUGGAAAAGGCUCAAGACGGACAUCACCUCUGGGAAACUGAAGCUAAAGUCGACAGAGAUGCCUCCAAGUCUAAUUCACUCAUCGUUGAAAUUCCUCCGUACCGGAACCAAAGACUCUCCACUCCCGUCCACGUCAACUUCUACGUCUGCAACGGAAAGAGGAAAAGAAGCCAGUAUCAGCGUUUCACCUACGUUCCUGGCAGUGUUCCGACGAUAAAGACGGAGCCACGCGACGACUACGAUGCUUCACUGGUGUGCACUCAGCAUGGUUCCACCGUGGCCCUGCACCCGAAGCCAUACUUCCCCCCACAAGUCAUGACCCCGAUGAUGACCACUGAUUUGAGGCCAUGUGUUGUGGGCGGGGCUUACCCUGUCAGCCAGGACAAAUUGACGGUUAAACCGGCCUCUUCGUCUCCAAGUACGAGCCCCAAGCUUCACGACCUGUCUCUGCCAAACUUCCCCAAGUGCCUCCCCGCCGUCCCACAGUCCUCGAUCCCUCACGUCUCCAUCAUCCAGGAGACUCCAGGCCGCUACCAGCUGCCCAGCCUCUACCCGCCCAGCAGCUCCUCCUCCUCCUCCCCGACCUCGCAGCCCUCCACCCCGACUGACGCCCCCUUCUCUCCGACCCUCUGCAUCACGCCGGUCCAGCCGGUCAGCGCCAGCGCCAGCCCCGACGCCAAGCAGCAGCAGCAGCACGCCAAAGUGCCAGAAAGACCACGGUCCUCCCUGCAGGAGGACGGCGGCUCCCCGACGCUGACCGUCAGCAUCAAACAAGAACCACAGGAGCUGGACCAGAUGUACCUCGAUGAUGUAAACGAGAUCAUCAGGAACGACCUGUCGAGCAUCUCCGUGCACAGCCACGCGUAGUUUCCUGUCACAUCAUAAAAACAAAAACAAACUGACUCUAUACUAAAAUGCUUUUGCAUGCUCGGACUACAGCGUGUGACAGACAGCAACAGGAAAUGCAAAGAGAACAAAUGUAAAUGUAUCGUCCAGACGACCAGGGUCCAACGUGUGCCUUGUUUUAUUGUUGUUUUUUCAUAUAUAUAUAUAUAUACAGUAUAUAUAUAUAUAUAUAUAUAUAUAUAUAAACGCUUUUAUGCAGAAAUUAUCCAAGGAAUGAAUCACAUGACUGAUGUUUUUGUUCUAAACAAACACACGUUUACAAGUGUACGUGUGAAACAAGUAUGUAGCAAACAAACCUGCCAUAAACAGACAUUUAGAUGCUUUUAGAGGACCAAGAAUUGUCUUUUUCUCUUUUGAUUUUGUUUGUAAAUGAUCCAGUGCCUCUGGUGUUUGUUGUUUUUGUUUGUAAAUACAGCGUCUGAACUGCUUCACUCUGCUUCAUAUCUGACAAUGUAACGGGGAGAAGUGCCUUUGACUGGAAACGGAAAGACGUGGGCGGAGUUUGGCUUUCACAACCUCGAAAAAUGGAAACUUAAUGGUCCAGUGUGUGAGAUUUAGUGACAUCUAGUGGUGAAACUGCAGAUGGCAGUAAACCUUGGACUUGAAUCUCAGAAUUCCAAUUGUUUUUUCUUUGAAUUCUGACUUUUAUGACUUUUAAAUUUCCACCAAAAAAUUUCCAAAUGCUUUUUGAGGUUUUGUACUGCUGUAGAAUCGUGUCGGCACAAAAUGAUGUCCGUCGUCCACUGGGAUUGGCUCUAGCCACUGUGUGACCCUCAUGUGGAGGAUAAAGCAGUAGACAAUGAAUGAGUGAAAUAUUAUAUAUAUGUAUAUAUAUAUAUAUACAUAUAUAGCAGAGCUCACCGUAGCCUCACAAAUCUUACACACUGGUCCUUUAAAGAAUUUUUUUAAAAGCAAGAUAAUGUAAUUUUUGCAGGACAAUCAUGCCGUAAGGGUCAUAAUGUCCAAAUGUCCCUAUUUUUUUUUUUUUUUGGAAAAUUGCACAAUCCCGAUGGAAGUCGUACUUGGUUUUUGAGUUACGAUAAAUCAAGAGAACGCAGGUUUUUUUUUUUCUGCGUUCGCCACCAACAACGAGCACUUAACCACUAAACCUGUGCUACUUUAUGGUCGUCGUUACUGAAGUCGUCAAAAAGAGACGUUUUAAUGACUGUUUCCCAAACUCAGAAAAAAAGCUACUUCCUGCCUUUAUGCGCUCGUACAGCACAGUUUUUGUUUUUUUUAGAUAUAAGAUAAUAAAAUAAAAAGGACUCAGCACUGACGUGGAAAUAAGAUGGAAAAAUGAAAAAAAAAAAAACAUUGAAAAAUCAUCUCAGUUUUCGAUUGUUUGUCUGUGGAAGCUAUGCAACGUUAAAGAAUGUAAACAUUCAGCGAGACGGCGUCUUCAUCCAAAGGAAACAGCAAUAACAAAUAUAUAUGUAAACUCUUCUUUUUUUUAAGCGUAUUUUCAUAUUUAUUCCCUCAGCAUGUGCUCUGUUUAUCCAUGUUUAUCGUUCAGCUUCUUCUUUUCAGUUCACGUUUUCCUACCAAACUGUAUUUUUUCUUUUUUUUGUUCCCUCUUUUCUACGUAAUCACGAGUCUUAAUGCGUUUGACUGAAGAAGCCAUAGUGAAAUGUUUACUCUGAGAGUCUGUAACACUCUGUGUCUGUCACCUGUCGUGGGUUUUUGUCAAUAAAGAAAACUUUGUCUCAUU